AUGGCUCGGCCAAUCCCCGCAGAUUUCCUCCCCGCGCAACCCCCGGCCGACGCUCAAUGCCAUCGCAUCGAUUUUACCCGCAGCGACCCACCGCUGCCCGAAUACAAGGACCUCUGUGCUGCAGUCAUCGACAACGCGCUCACCAAGAAGGAAUGCGAUGAGCUCCUUCGUCUGGCCGAGGCCAGUACCGUUCCGACCGGGGACCGCACCGCCGAACCCGUCUGGGAGCGCGCCAUGAUCAACCUGGGCAACGGCAAGCAGGCGCUCGCAGUGGAUACUCGCAACUGCGGACGGAUCAUCUACGACUCGCCUUUCCUCGCCGACAAGCUGCUGGCUCGACUGAAACCCUUCUUGCAGGAGCUGGGCAUCGAGACGAUCGACAAUCAGCCACGGGUGACAGGCUUGGCUGGCCGCAACGGCCUCUACCGGCUCACCCGGCUCAACGAGCGACUGCGCUUCCUGAAAUACGAAGGGGGGGAAUACUUUCGACCGCACUGGGAUGGUCACUAUCGCACGCCGGAGGGGAGCGAAACGUCUUACUACACCGUACAUCUCUAUUUGAAUGGCGAUGGGGAGCAGGACCGCGCGGAAUUGAUGCGGGAGAUGAAGCGGGCGGACAAAGGCGAAGGCGCCGUGAAUCUAGAUAUGAAGGGCCCCCUGCUGGGUGGUGCAACUUCAUUCUUGCCUCGGUUUGAAGAGAGGGAGCGUCAUCUUCGCAUCUUUCCGCGCACGGGGUCAGUACUUGUGUUCCAGCAGAACGAUUUGCUGCAUGGUGGGGAUACGGUGCUACGUGGGGUCAAGUUCACUAUGAGGACGGAUCUUAUGUAUCGGCGGGAUCGUUGA